AUGAGCCAAAGAAUUGCAGUGUUUCCAACACGAAUGAAUUUAAGAGCGAUGGAAACCAAGCACAAGAGCGCAGAAAGGGGAUAUUCUCUGCUUAAAAGAAAAAGUGAUGCAUUGAAAACAAGGUACAAGGCAAUAGAAGAAGAAUACAGGGAAAAGGAAUCGCAGAUAAACCAGAAAAUCAGAGAUGCAUUCUUCAAACUUACUGAAGCAGAGUUUCUGGGCGCCAAUCUCAAAAUGUUUAUACAUGAAUGCCAGAAGCAAAGUCUUUCUGUAGUGACGAAAGUGGAGCAGGUUUCUGGGGUGAGCUUACCUUUAUUUGAUCUUAAGAAGGAAAACAUCAAGCCGAUUUUAUUUCUUGACAGGAGUGGGCAAUCAUUGAAUGAAUGCAGAGCAAGCUUCAUAGAGGUACUGGAGAUGCUGGUUGAUCUAUGCGCACUGAAGAAUUCGUUCAAAAUCUUGGAUCAUGUACUGAUGAGCACAAAUAGACGAGUUAAUGCAUUGGAGUUUAGCAUCGUGCCAAGAUUAGAAACCACAAUAAGCUACAUAAACUCCGAACUUGAUGAGCAAGAUCGCGAAGAUUUCUUCAGACUCAAGAAAGUACAGAAUCUGAAGAGCAGAAGUAUGGAUUAA